UUUGGACAUGGCCAGCAUCAGCGACCGCUUCGUCAAGUGCCCGGCGUGCCACGUCAACAUCCCCAAGCAGGACCUUGCGAUGGGCGAGGCGCCGGCCUGCACCGUGUGCCACGCGCCGCUGCCGGCGACGCUCUUCGCGGAGGCGGCGAGCGCAGCGCCGGCCAAGCCGGCCACGCAGCGCCGGUGGGUCGCGCUCACCUCUCGCCGAGGCAAGACAUAUUACCACAAUAACGAGACGGGCGAAGACCGCUGGGACAAACCGUCGGACUUUGAAACCACGGUCUCGGUGCACGAGGCGCUGCCAGCCUUUGUCCCGUUCAAGAACGACGAUCCGGUCCGAAAUGCCAUCAUGUUGCAGCAGUCCAAGCAAGAAGCCAAAAAACAUGGCAUUCCCGAGAGUGUCGUGGACGCCCUCGCCAAGCAGCACCACACCGACGCGCCAUCGCUCAACUCCACCAUCGCGGCGAUGCAGAAGCAGGCCGCCAAGGCAGCGCCCGUCCGCGCCAAAGAAGCUGCCCCGACACCGACGCCGCCAGCGCACAAGAAUCCGAUGCCUGCGCCUGCGAGCCUCGACGCCACGUCCUCGUCGUCGUCCUCGUCGUGCUGCCUCAUGUAACAUGGAGCUCCGGGAUCGUUGCUUCGUGUUCUUGCC